UACUCUUGCCACUAGUUUAAUAUUCUAGAGACUAAUAGAGAACUUGAGAACUUGAAGCUAGUCUGUGUAGAACGUACAUGGCAAGCUAUAUUUCUGUAAUGAUAUCACUGCUCCCUGGCCCCUGGCCCCUGGUAGCUCGUUAUAAAGCUGUCAUUUAGCAUUAGAGCAGAAUAAGAUCAUUUCUUGUGAGGGGGUGCUUGUCACUUUUUUGUCUUGUCAAAUGAUUUUCCUAAGUGACUAAGAAAUAGUGGGCAUAUCUAGAGACAACAAUUGGAACCUCUUGAAGAUUAGAGCUAACCUGUAACGUAAAGAGUAAAGACUAGUCUUCCCCAUGUAUGGGAAACUAGUUUCUCCCUCAUGUCGCUCAUUCCCGAAGAUUGGUCAGGCUGCUUGAGAGCUUUGAUACCUCUCUUUUGGUUCGGUGACUAGAAACUAGAAAGUGUUUCAGAAGGUGUCAUGAGUUGUCAUCAGAUCUGCAUAGCCGGAGCCUGGUUUGUUUGCUCAAUGGGGGUAAGCCUUUUUUGAUAAAAUUGAUGACGUUUCAAGAAAAGAACUUUAAGUGAGCUGAUGGGUUGUUUUUCUGGUGGUUAAUUUUUAAGAAAAUAUGUAACUGCAAUCUGAAAGUUGUGUACUUGCAAUACAAGUUAAUUUUAAAUAAGUCAAGUUCAGAAUGCACCCUAAAUCAAAUUUACAUACAUGCAGACUGCAGUACACAUUAUUAAUCGACAUAUGUCCCAAAACUCUAAUGCAUACAAUAACAUUGUAGACACAACUCAUAAUGAUGUACCUCAUUGAAUCUUAUGUAGUUAUGUAUGUAUUUUGGAGGGAGAGUGAGUGUUCAUAUGUGCAAUUGAUAUAUAUUUUUCAGGAGGAAGAACACCGGAAAUCUUUCUUUUUUUUCCAGAAAUAAACGAGAGAUCAAUUAGAUAAUUUUUUGAAAAUAAUAUUUUUUUUUCAAAGAUAUAGUAGUAUAAGAUUUGUAUGCUAAGUAUUUCUACACUUGUUAAGCUUUCUUAAUUAAACAUUUAAACUAUAUUAUUUGUUUUCAAUCAUGAAAUAUUUUCCUAUGAAAUUGAAUUGUUGUAGACUUAUGGUAUUGUUGUUAAUUGUUAUAGUUUUCGACCAUAUCAUUGCAAAUAUAAUUAAACAAUGCUCGGUAAGGGUUGGAAAUGGAAUUGGGAUCUCUUUCCCCAAACAAGAAAUGUAGACUUUUAUAUGGAGAAGUGUGAAGAAGUAAGAGGGAGUAACGUUUCAUAAUGUUUUAGCCUAGUGAAUCUAAUGUCACUUGAAGCAGUUUCAAAGAUGAGAACUUUUUUUUUUCUUGGCGCCGUCUGUGGGGAUACUACAUCUCAAAGUCACAUACCGAGAGUAACAUUGCACCCCGAAGGAAAACAACCCGAGGUUCACUAUCUGGCCAACCAACACCCCUCCAAUCUCAGCAACCCCUUGUCUUUGUUGAAUCCCUAGCAAUAGAUGAUGAGGGAUCGACCCCCCGAAACGACGAACCAUCUGUUCCCCGGGAGGAACCAACUCCCGUCACAAUGGCGGAAAUAGAAAGGAUAGCUCGACAGCUGAAUGAGAUGUCCAUAACCCGGGAAAGAUCAAGGUUUCCUCCGUCGAGCAGUACUCGGGUAGGAGUGACCCUGAGGACCAUAUGGCAGCCUACAAGACCCAGAUUAGUGUACAAACGGGAUGUGAGGCCACAUGGUGUCGCUACUUCCAGACAACCCUCUAAGGGUUAGCGCUCAGUUGGUUCUCGGGCUUGUCACCCAACAUCAUCAUCAAUUUCUCAGUUCUGGAAACUUUGUUCCAUCAACACUUUAUAGCUGGGAGUAGGAACAAGAAGACCAACAUUCAUCUAAUGUCAGUCAAACAAAAAGAGCACGAGAGCCUCGCUGAUUACAUCAAGAGGUUCAACGAGAAAUCAUUGAAGAUUUCAGAUCUUCAGGAUGGAGUAGCAUUUACCGCCUUGAUGUCAGGGUUAUGGCCGGGAAAAUUUAUGUGGUCUCUCGCUGGAAAACGAGGUCACAACUUUUACUGAAGCUAUGAGUCGAGCUCAGAAGUUCAUCCAAGCCUCCGACAUAUGUAAGCCUGUCGGGGAGAAAUUCAAGAAGAAGAAGGAAGAGAUCCCUUAUCGGGAAUCAAACAAGAACGCGAGGAACACCCAACAACUCCUCUCGAGAGCAGCGGAUAAUGGGAAUGACCCCCGUUUUAACCGAAACCGGCGAGAGAUCUACUUAGAUCUUAAACACAAGUCGGUAUUGCCCAUCCCUCCACCCAUAAGAACCUCAAAAGACAGGCGAGAUCAGAUGCUAUGGUGCGAGUACCAUCGGGAGUGCGAUCAUACCACAAAAGACUGUCGGGAAUUGAAGAAGGCCUUGGAUCACUUAGCUGAUCAAGGAAAGCUAAAUCGAUACAUCGAACAUUCCCGAGAAGAGAAGGCGAAGGUUAGUGAGGGUCAGUUAAUACCCAUUAAGGAGGUCUUUAAUAAAAGGGUGCAAUGGAAACCUUAAACCCAUUUGAAUGCUCUGGUGAUAGACGGAGACGCACCCGAUUGGAGGGGUCAGCACAGAUUCAACGUUCUUGGCCCGGACAACAAAAAAGGGAUCCUGGACCAAAAACUUAGUGCCAACAUACUUGGCAUUCCUCUCCAUAUAGUUCAUGAAAGUAGUGUCGGGAUAAUAAGAAUGAGGACCACCCUCGGGAUCUAGAGGAGGGAACUCUUGUCCCAAGGUGGUAGGAGCUUCGUCCUCGGCCUCCUCAGACACCGUAAUCACCCUGUCUGAGAGGAGUCGGUCCAAAUAACUCGAACUACAAGGUUUGUGCGCCAACGAGACUUCAAAAGGCCCGGGAUCCACUCCCUCAUCCUCCUCACUCAAAGAAUCUGAAGGGCUAGGGAGGGGGAACAUCCUCAGGAACGCUAGAUGGGUCCUCACACGGCACCCGGGUGCUGACUAAAAAACCGUCUACCCUCGAAUUUCUUCGGACAGUCUAAUAGGAGGGGAGGCGGGGACGGCAGGGUCCAUCUCAGGAUCCAUCUCGGGAUCCAUCCUAGAAACCUAAAAGUAAAUAAAGAAAUAGGAACAAGAGGUGAUUACUAAGAGGCGUACCUUCUCGAAAAAUCACAGUCAGGGAACGGAACUUGUGCGGGCGCUCGGAAGACUCGGGAACAGAGAGGGCGAUGAAAGAGAGAGAGAAAGAGGAGAUUGUAGAGAGAGAGAUUGCAAAUAAUUUGGGGUACGAAAAUCAUCUCUCUCUCCUCUAUAUGUAGUCGCUUUCUUACCCUCCGCGUCGCGACAACCUCUGGACCACGUAAUGCGUCCUAAAAGGUCUAGGCCAAAAGGGAAAAGUCCCAAAGACAAUUCAGGGAACAAGGCCCAGCUUAGCUUGAGGCCCAAAAGUCCAGCAAGAGGAUAGUCAAAGGUCAACGGACAAAGGACCCUGGUCAACAGUCCAAAGUUAAUGACCCAUUGCUCUUCACUGACCAAAAUCUCGAUCACCCCCAAUCCUUUCCGAGUUGGGCCCUCCUCCUUGGUCAAUCCAAGAGGCUCAACACUUAGCUAAAAAAAUGGCUAAGUCUACUCAGGACUAACUCAAGAUCACAUGGGAAGACUCAUUAUCCCCCGAGUUGGGCACCCCUUCUUGGUCAAUCCAAGGGGCUCAACACUUAGCUAAAAAAUAGCUAAGCACACUCAUGACCAACUCGGGAUCACAUGGGAAGGGCUCAUUAGCCCCCGAGUUGGGCACCCCUUCUUGGUCAAUCCAAGGGGCUUUAACACUUGGCUAAAAAAUAGUUAAGCACACUCAUGAACAACUCGAGAUCACAUGGGAAGGACUCAUUAGCCCCCGAGUUAGGCACCCCCGGGUCGGACCCCAACUACCGGGUCAGGCCAAGAGAUCCAUUGGCUCUUGAGCCUAUCCAACAUUCUCGGGAACGGGCCUACGCCAUCAAGGAUUUCUAAAAUCCUUGGGACCUGACCAUGCAUCCAAAGUGCCAAGGUCGAGGCCACGAAUACACGUCCUUGGCGCUGUCGGGAUCGCCGCUUAAAGACCGAAAUACCCCUAUCGGGGUUAGAAUAACGGGAGUGCACCUUGGGUGCUGCAGGAUCGUGGCUUAGAGUUAUGAAGGAGCUGUCGGGGUCCCUCCCUGGAGCUUCCAACCCUCUCGGGAUCGGGAUUAAAGAAGCCCCCUCGAGGCAUGUCGGGGUCGCUGCCUAAUGUUCCGAACCUUCUCGAGCCGGGGCUACGGAGGCCCAUUGAAGGAGCUGUCGGGGUUAGAAUAACGGGAGUGCACCUUGGGUGCUGCAGGAUCGUGGCUUAGAGUUAUGAAGGAGCUGUCGGGGUCCCUCCCCGGAGCUUCCAACCCUCUCGGGAUCGGGAUUAAAGAAGCCCCCUCGAGGCAUGUCGGGGUCGCUGCCUAAUGUUCCGAACCUUCUCGAGCCGGGGUUACGGAGGCCCAUUGAAGGAGCUGUCGGGGUUCCUCCCUGGAGCCUCCAACCAUCUCGGGGUCAUGGUUAAAGAAGCCCACCUCGAGGCAUGUUGGGGUCGCUGCCUAAUGUUCCGAACCCUCUCGGGCCGGGACUGCGGAGGCCCAUUGCAGGAGCUGUCGGGGUCGCCACCGCGAACUCCCAACUUUCUCGGGGUCUGGCUUGAGAUCCUCCAUUCAUGGCCCUGACCAAGUCGGGUUGCGGUACUCUCACGUCGGGAUUCGAGUCGAGAAAGGCCCACGCUGACUACAUGGCAUGUCCAUUGCAAACCCCAGGCCAACUCAGGAUUAUGGCCCAAGGGCAAGUUUGAGGUACAUUCAACUUCCGCCAACUAACCGUGUCCUGAAUCAAGGAUCCGACUCCGAUUACUUGGCUUGGGGCUAAUUGUUUGGACUAGGUGUUGGGCCCAAUAAUUAUCGGAAGACACCCCUCCCAAGGUCUAGGUCCUUGGGACCAAAAGGGCCCAUAUGCUUUUUAUAAGUAAAAAAGUUUUACCUCAAAAAGGUGACAGCUUUCCUUGGGAUUGGGAUGCUCCCCAAAAGGGUUUCCUAUCUGGGGGGUUCCCAACACUAUAAAUACCAACAGUCUCAUCAAUGAACUUGUAUUCAAUUCUCACCUAACUAAACAAAGCAUCUCUUUAUAGACUUGCUUACUUUCUCUCUCUACCUCAAUCUCAAUUGACUUGAGCGUCGGAGGGGCUUUUCUGGGAACACUCCCGGGCCAGUUUUUCCUUGUUUUGCAGGAUUGGCAGUUACAGGACUCGGGAUUAUAACCUAACCCGGGAAUUGACUCUCACCUUAAACACAUAACUGUUUUAACUAGUUUCUAGGCAGAAACAUUGUUUAAGCCCUAGUUUCUAACCAGUGGCUGCCCAUAUAUCACAUUUAUGAUCUAUCCUAUUCAUAGAAGCAUAAAUAUACAAACCCAUAUAUCGGUUCCUAGUUCCUACACAUAGGUGGUCUGUGGCCUCCCGGCCUUGAUACGUAUUAUGUCAAGCCCAUUAGAGCGCACCUUCUAUGUUUGGGCUAAUUCAUGGUUCAAUUAAUACUUGUGCACAACAAACUCCUCCAUUGACUUAUGUAAUACUCACAGACUUGUGUUUUUGCUUCACUUAUUGAGGUUUUUUGGAAGUUACUCCAUGACCUUACCUUAGGAGUGACAUGCUGCCCUUAAUGUUUGAUUUUCCCAAUAUGUUUUGAUCAUAUUGUUAAGGUUUGAGGCAAAUGCACCAAUAACCUUGUUGGGUGGGGAUUAUUAAGUUAAGGUUGGAUCUAAGAAUUACCACCUCUUUUUGGGACCAAUUUUGUGGCCAUGGACAUGCCAUGGUCUAGUUGAAAGCAUGUCCAUGGUCUCCUUGGUAUUUAUCCGUGACUUAACCCUAACUUUAUUAAGGAAAUAUAUUAACUUGUUUAUUCACUUUUUGUGACAUGAUUGUGCACAUAUAAUUAUGCUUACUUAAGGCAAUUGCAUCAGUACAUGUUUUGUUGGCACUUAACCAUGGCAUGUCUCUAACUUUGUUAAGGAAACAUAUUGGCAUGUCAAUGCCCUCUUUAUGGCAUGUUAAUGCACAUAAUGCUCACUUAGGCCAUUUCAAAAGUCCUAGUAAGGGAGGGCCAUUGUUGUAGCACAUAGAUGACAUUAUUACUCUUGUUCUUGGUCUUAUUGUAAACUUUUUUUUUGAUAUGCUAUCCACGACCUCUUCAAAAGAUACAUUACAAGACAGUGACGUGCAUUCCAUCUUAUAUACAUAGUGUAGUUAAAAAAAUAUCUUAUUCUAUAUGAAUAUGCUAAGAAACAUGCAACAUUAUGUUUGCGGCUUCAGUCAAGGCUCUUGUCUUUAGCACACUAUUAAGCCAUUGCCCUGCUUCAUUGGUGACACCUUCAUGAAACCUUUUUCCAAACUCAAUGCUUCUCUAUUCUCCUUUGUUUCUGAAGUCUUAACAUAUAAUUAUGCCCCAAUUAGGAUUGUAAUGCUCAUGAUUCCUAAUAGUUGGGCAUAGAUUUUUUUGAAAUGUUAAUUGUUUUUUAGGAUAUUAGAAUUGGUGGUGGUGGAUCCAAGGGGAAGCCUUUUGAAAUUCAAUUUUUUUUUUGGUUAGCAAAAGCCUAAUUUGCGUGGCCCUCGAUCUAUAUAUUGGUUAUUUGGCUAUUGUUGCGUGAAAAUCGUUAUGCGAACUUAGAACUACCUAUUAAGUAAAGGGAUUUCCAAAGAGAGCAAAGAUUAAUGAAAGAGGGAAUGCGAGAAUAGAGUUCAAUGGGAUAUUUUGUUGACUGCCUAUUUCGCUAGGCUUUAAGCAUGUAGUGCCCUAUAUGUAAGGUCAUUCUAGUUGAUUCUCUCUAGUUUUUUUAUCUUUGUGAAAAUGAACUAGGAACAUCACUAUGACACAAAGGGUAUGUUAAUUUUCAGAUUAUAUGAAAUGGGCCUAGGUAACCCAAUAAGAGAGAAGGAGAGUUUAAGCCCACUUACAAGCCCAAGGAGGUUCCAUCCUAAAACCAAUUGGUGAUAGGAGGAGUAACUCCUAAGCUUAUAAAGUGGUUAAGUCUCUCUCUUUCUCCAAUGUAGGGCACUCACAUGUGGUGAUCAAUGAGAUUCAAUAGGGUACAUUAAAUACAAGAAGUUCUUGAGAUGCCUUUUUAUGCUAAUGCGAUGUGGAGAUUGAUGGUACACUCUUUUAAAAGCGUUGUGGAUUUUCUAGCUAAAUGAGUUUUGAAUCUUGCAAUGGAGGGCAUAACAACUUAGACCCCAUCUAGUUGACCUUUAUCUGGGCGUUUAUUCAUAUAUGGGACAGAGUUGCAGAUGGUUUUUGAGUGACCUAUACUUUUCUGAUCUGUUGCAUGCUAGCUCAAAUGUUUAUUCUAGGCUGGUCUGGAGGUGGGUGAACUAUAGUCUACUCUAGGGUCUGGGAAAGCCAGGGAAUUUGGGAAGACACUAUCUAGCCCAAAGAAUCUUACAAGUAGUCCACAUCACCUCAGAUAUGUGUUGAUGAGCCCCACUGAGGAGAUAUUGAGCCCAACUGAAAAGAGAGAGAAUCUUUUCCUACUCAGCAGCCCAGCGUUGGAAAUUUCAGGUUUGGAAAAGGAGGCUCUUGUGAAAGGUGUUCCAAUAGCGCAAGCAAUUGACAUAGAAAUUCCUCCUCCACGCCCUAAGAGAAAACCGAGCAAUCCUUAUCCUCGCAAGACUGGGUCUAUAAGUUCCCCAAAUACGCAAGUCAGCACAAAGGAUGGGAAGCAAAUACCACAUACACAUGCAACAGAACAAGUUGUAGAUUUGGAGAAGGAGCAACUUCUUGAGAAAUCUGGUUGUGAUGAUGGGGAUUCAAACCCUGAUGAAACUGAUGGUGGUGACAAGUGCACUGAAGCCUUCACACUUUUCAAAGAAAAGCCAUCUGCUUUGGGAGUACCUUCUAGUGAAUUUCCCUCCACAACUGUGGGAUCAGCAAGAAAGUUAUCUAACUUCAAGGAGUUUAUGCCAAUGAAGAAGCCGGUCAACGAUGAUACAGGAGGAUUUGAUGCUGCUGACGUACAUAACAGAAAUCAGAAGCCCGAGAAACCUGAUGUUGUGGAGAUGGUUCAAAAUGAUUCAGAAAAUGAAAAAAAUGCAGCUAAAACAUUUCCCAAGCAUGCUCCCGUUCAGAUUCUUGAUGGGAGUUUGGUAUCAUGCAGUCAGGGUCUUUCUUCAGAUGUAUCAUAUCAAGAACCUGUAUUUCAUCAAAUGGGGAUCCCAAGCCUGCCUGCGUUAUUUAGCAAUCCAACAGUUUCUGCUGCUGUAGAAAGCCAAACUAGCACUUCAAGAUCCACUAAUCACCAAAUGUUCCCAAGUUUCCAUCCUCCAUUUAGUCCAUACCCUAACACUCAAGAAGACUACUCUUCGUUUCUGCAGAUGUCCUCGACCUUUUCAAGCAUGAUUAUCUCUGCUCUUUUGCAGAAUCCAGGUGCACAUGCCGCAGCAACUUUUGCAGCUUCAUUUUGGCCUUGUGGGAAUCUAGAAAAUUCAGCCAAUUCUCCUGCAGUAUCCAGUGGAGGUCUCCCACCUCGACCAAUGAACCCAGCUCCAAGUGUGGCAGCAAUUGCUGCUGCUACCGUAGCAGCUGCUACUGCUUGGUGGGCAGCACAUGGACUGCUGCCCUUGUGUGCUCCACUACAUGCCGGCUACUCUUUUCCGCCUGCCUCAGGGACUACUCCAUUAGCUAAUGUUUCCCAAACUCAGGUUGCUAAUGAAGAGAAGGAAGAGAAAAAUUUCCAAAGGCAUGGAUCACAAGUUCAGCAACCCAAUCAAGAACUAUCUGAAGCUUUACAUCAGGAGCAUUUAGCAUCGAAAUCUUCAGCAGCAUCAUCGUCUGACUCUGGUAACACAUCUAGUGCAAAAAUGGAUACUGGAGUGGCAGCCAACAAUAAUGAGAACAAGAUCCCUGCUUCAAGUGAGCUAAAGGACACAAGCAAAGGGAAGAGCAAGAAACAAGUGGAUCGCUCAUCUUGUGGUUCCAACACACCUUCAGGUAGUGAUAUUGAGACUGAUGCUCUGGGAAAGAAUGAUAAAGUAGAAGAAGAAGCCAAAGAACCUGAUAUAAAUCGUCCUACUAGUGAACCUAAUAGUCGCCGCAAUCGAGUCGUUUGCAACAUAUAUGACUCGUGGAAGGAGGUUUCCGAGGGGGGUCGUCUGGCAUUUCAAGCACUUUUCUCCAGAGAGGUGUUGCCCCAAAGUUUUUCACCGCCACAAAAUGGUAAUGUUGAGAUGUUAGAUAAGAAACUAUGUAUUGAGGGGAAUAGGCAAAUUGUAGAGAGAAGUAAUGAUGUGUCACAGUUAGAUCUCAACAGUAACACAUGGGAAUCUUGCUCCGUUAAUCAAGGCAUAGAGAAAAAUGAUACAAGACAAGAGGACAGUUGCAAAAAUGGACUCCUGAUAUUUAGUUAUGAGCAAGGGAAGCUGAAGACUAAUAGAACAGGUUUUAAGCCAUACAAGAGGUGUUCUAUGGAGGCUAGAGAGAGCAGGGUGAUGAACUCCAGUGCUCCGGAGCAAGAAAAAUGUUCGAAAAGAUUGCGCCUUGAAGGGGAGGCUUCAAUUUGAUGUUUAAUGAUGCAAGCCAUUUCUGUAAGGGAAACCUUGCUCACUACAAGUGCUCCCCAGUUAUCAAGUUCUUUAUUCCAUUUAGCUUAAUUUCAGUCCUAAAAUGUUCACGAGACUUUUCGUGUUUGUACUAUAAAAGACUACAUUCCUCUAUUUCAUAUCUCAGACUUCCUCAGA